AUGUCUUCCACAACAGUUCUCGAAACCGCUCGCCAACCGCCGCUCAACCUCACACUCCAGAAUGGCCAGAAGAUCUAUUUCCAUUCCGACACGUCCAUCGAGGCGGAUGAAAUACCUGUCAUUGACAUCAAAGGCAUCUUCAGUGAGAAUAUUGAUGCCCGAGAAGCCGUGGCCCAGAAGAUUAGGGAGGCAGCGCACCGGAUUGGAUUCUUCUAUAUCAUCAAUCAUGGAAUCGACCCGAAGUAUGCGGCGAACACGUUUGAGCAGGCGAAACGAUUCUUUGGCCUGCCAGACGAGAAGAAGAUGGAGGUCUGCACUGACCUCGUGGAGGAGUACUUGGGAUACUUCCCAAUGGCCAGGUACAAUCGCAACGGCAAGAAGAAGCAGGAUUUGAUGGAAGCCUACAACUGGGGCUACAAUCCGAAAUUCGACCCGGAUGUUGCGAGCGAGCAAGAGCCGGACACGGAUGCCGUAAAGCUCCUGUGGCCGAAGGACCUCCCAGGCUUCAAAGAGACGCUGUACGAACAUCACGCUCAGUUGUUGACGCUUGCAAGAAGGUUGACCCGAAUCUUUGCUCUAGCUCUGCAACUAGACGAGGAUUACUUCGACAGUUAUAUUAAGCAGCCUGCGGCAGGCAUGAGGGUGACGCACUAUCCGCAGCAAGAGGUAAGUUGCGUUACCGGCUUCUUUGCGCUCCUUUCAAAUGAAAGCAAUCAGACCUCUCCUUCAGACCAGCUCGGCAUCGGCGCACACACCGACUUCGAAUGCUUCACCUUCGUCACGCAAGACGAGCACGCAGGCCUAGAAGUCCUCUCCAAAUCCGGCUACUGGAUCAAAGCUAAGCCGAUCCCAGGCAGCAUCGUCGUCAACAUUGCAGACUGCUUCAUGCGGCAGACAAAUGACUUCUUCGUGUCUACCGUGCAUCGCGUCGUAAACAAGGCCGGCGCGGAGCGAUACAGCUGCCCUUUCUUUUUCGGAUUCAACCAUGACAUGAAACUGGAGCCGGUGCCGACGUGUGUGAGCGCUAACAAUCCGAUGAAGUAUCCGAUAGUCAGCUCCGGCGAGUAUCUGAAGUGGCGCGCUGCAACGGCGAAGAAGGCGUACUGA